CCAACAAUAAUUCUUCAUCUGUUGAUGCGACCUCUAAUCGGCAGAUUUGAUGAGAUUAAAAUCGUGACUUUGUGCACAUUGGCACUGGUUUAUACGACGCCAUGGGACAACUACAUUAUCUAUUACAAAGCAUGGUGGUAUCGCAAAGACGCUGUUAUCGGCACCAUUGGCUAUGUACCGAUUGAAGAAUACUGCUUUUUCAUCAUACAAACCAUUCUAACCGCAUUUUGGACAACGUUUUGCUCACGCUGGACGUUGAAUUCGCUUUAUUUGCAACAUUCCGAUCGUGUCAAUUUCUAUACGAUACGAUACACAACGAUAACCAUUUUGCUGGUAUUGAUGAUCACGGGAUGGACGUAUGCAAUACCAGCAACAAAAACAUUUUACAUGGGUUCGAUUGCAUGGUGGACACUGCUCGUUGUCAUUGUUCUAUGGUACAUGUGUGGACCGUAUGCCAUCAAACGAUAUCGAGAAACAUUAAUCAGUAUCCUCGUGCCAUCGCUCUACCUAUGCUAUGUGGAUUUGAUAGCGUUGCGUGCACAAGUUUGGCAUAUCAAUGAAGCGACAAGCCUAGAAAUUUUCCUCGUCGACGAUUUACCACUCGAAGAAAUUACAUUUUUCUUCAUGACCAACAUUAUCGUUGCGAUGGGCUCACAUGCUUUCGAGGCUGUCAUUGAUACAUUUUUCCGAGAACCAUUCCCCGUUGGAUCGAAUAUUAGCGCGAAAAAACGAUUCUUCGGGUACAUUGAAAUGCUCAUCGGAGGGCCGGUGUGCAAUGAACAAUACUUCGAUACCACCGUAAUCACCGAUAUAAAAACAUGUAUCGCUAUUCUUGACAAAGCAUCGAAAUCGUUUAGUUUGGCUGCCAAUUGCUUCCCAAAUGAUAUUAAGCAAGACCUAACAAUACUGUAUGCAUUUUGUCGCGUAACGGACGAUAUGGUUGACAAUGAACAUUCGGUUGAAUUGAAGAAAGAGCGAGUACGUGUGAUUUUGGAAUUUUUGGAUCAAUUGUUCUCGAAUCGAAAAAUAAAAUCAGAGUAUUGCUGGAAAACCACCAGUUCGGAUCCAAAGAUCGAUUGGAAGCAUUUCGAAAAGCAAUUGACCAAAGAGCAACUUUCAUCGUUCCGUGCCAUUGCACGCAUUGCGUACUAUAUGCCACAGGAGCCAUUCUAUGAGUUGGUCGAAGGUUACAAAUGGGACAUUGACGGUCGUGCUGUGCUCCAUGAAAAUGACUUGAUUGAAUACUCAAAGUAUGUGGCAAGUAGCGUUGCUACACUCUGCACAUUUGUAUUUUGUCAUAAAAGCUAUAAAUGGCCUGAUUUGAUGGGUCCAAAAUGCCGCUCGAUGCUUGAGAACGCGAGAAAAAUGGGUUUGGUGCUUCAAAUUUGCAACAUCAGCCGUGAUAUUAUUAUUGACAGCGAAACACUGGGCCGUUGCUACAUACCAAAUAAUUACUUCAAAAGUGAUGAACUGAAGUAUUUAGUCGACGAACGAAGUCCGCAUAAGAUUCCGAAUGGACAGUUGAAACAGUUCGCCGAAAAGAUGCUCGAUAUUGCUGACAAUCUAGCUAAUGAAGCAACGGGCGCAAUCAAUUUACUGCCGGACGAAUGUCAACGCGCAGUUUUAACGGCACUGGAAAUCUACCAAGGCAUUGGCAAACUUAUCCGAAGCAAUUCGCAUUACGCGCGCCGAACUUUCUUGCCAAAAUUCGACAAAAUUCGAAUCGUGUUCAAGUGUAUGUAUUUCACAUCGAUGGCAUCACUGUACGAGCGCAACACCAAGCAAUCGGCAUUGUAACAUUAAGAAGGAAUGCAGCAAUGACGUGCAUCAAUUAGUUGUCGCUGAUAACAGAUAAUUGUCAUAGACAAACUGUAGUCGUCGUGGCAAACAAGAAAGCCAAACAAAUAAUUUAAAAAAACGAAAUACAAAAUACAAUACCAAUUCAAUUAUUAGAGAGUAGCUGAUAAAGUCGACCAAUCGCAUUGUAUAACAUUAAAAUUAAUGUGAAUAAAACCAAAAUUAAAUACAAAACGA